GGCCAAGCAAGUGAAAUAGUGGCAGAUAUAAAAGAACAUGCCAAAAAUUAGAGAGUAUAAUGAGGAAGAAGCUAUGAAAUUGGACGAAUGUUUCAAAGAAACCUUAGCACGUGUUAGACCUUUUGUUUUAGCAUUAACAUCUACUGAAAGUGCGAAAUUAUGCAAAGUUUGGCUUAAUAAAUUAAAUGCUGUUACUUCGCAACGUCGUUUAAGAAACGAAUAUCUCACGGAAUUAUUCAGGCAAUUAAAGACAGGACAUGUUGGAGGAGUUUUCAGUAGACCUCCACCUAAUGGAUUUCUUCUACCAUUACCUAAGUCGUAUCAUAUGGUACCUAUAUUACGAUUUAUGAAAUUUAUUGUAAUUAAAGAAUAAUUAACAUGUAAUACAGGUCUGUAUUAGCUCAUC